AUGCUGGAUAUUGUGUGGAAGGAUAUGGCGCCCACUGUGGCUGUCGUGGGAAUCGGCCUUACAGGCUUGCGCCAGUAUUCCAAGUUCACCAAGGCCCAACGAGUCGUCUUUCAGAUUGGGCUUGUUUGCUCUAUUCUGGGACUUUCUCUGUUUGUCGUGACUCAGUUGAUGGGUCUCGUUUCUUGCAAGGAUAUUAAAGCUUAUGUGUGA